UUCUUGUUAAAAUUUGUAAAGAAAUAUAUGUAUCAUGUAUUAUUUUUUCUAUUUUUAUUCUUUUCUUCUAUUCUUUUCUACAAUUUACUAAGCCCACUUUAUCAUGACCCUCUUGUAAUUAGCAAUAUUGGUUUUUUUGCCAAAAAUUCUACUUGUGAUUACUCUUAUGGAAAAUGGAUUUGGGAUGAAAAAUAUGUUGUUGAUCAAUAUAAUGAGAAUUGUCCAUUCUUGGAUCCCGGUUUCCGGUGCCGGAAAAGUGGUCGCCGGGAUAUGGAUUACCGGAAGUGGCGAUGGCAACCUCAACAUUGUCAUCUUCCAAGGUUCAAUGCAAAGGAUUUCCUCGAACGUAGUCGAAAUGGUCGAAUAGUGUUUGCUGGAGAUUCAAUAGGAAGAAACCAAUGGGAGUCAAUGAUAUGUAUGUUAGCACAAGGUGUGUCUAACCAAUCCACCAUAUAUGAAGAAUUUGGAAACCCCAUAACCAAACACAGAGGUUAUCUCUCUAUGAAGUUUCAAGAAUACAACCUUACUGUUGAAUAUUACAGAGUACCUUUCUUAGUAGUCGUUGAUCGUCCUCCCGCGAAUGCAUCGAAAGAAGUGAGGGGAGUGAUCAGGCUUGAUAAGCUGCAUUGGUAUUUCACAAAGUGGGUUAAUGCAGAUGUAAUUAUAUUCAAUGCUGGACAUUGGUGGAAUGAAGAUAAAACUAUUAACAUGUAUGAAUCUCAAGUGCUUUAGCAAUAAUCACAUAUAUCUGGAUUCUUUUGACCAUAAGAACUUCAGCAAUCACUAACAUAACACAAAAUGUAUUGCAGGGGCAUCCAUUUCCAAGAAGGAACAACGGUGAACAUGACGAUGAAUGUAGUGGAAGCUUUUCAAAGAUCAUUGAGUACUUGGGCGUCAUGGGUGAUUCAAAAUACCAAGCCUGAAAAGAGUCACAUCUUCUUCCGUAGCGUUUCACCAGUACACUACAGGUAAGUACUUUGUAGGAACUAAUCAGUUGCAACACAAAUACACUAUACUAAGACUGAAUUUGGUGAAAUUGAUUUGCAGGGAUGGAGCUUGGAAUGAAGGUGGCCAUUGCCACACAAAUACAGCACCGGAAACAGACUAUACUAAGCUGGAGAAAGAGCCAACCAACAACAUAUUCAUUUCUGAGGUAGUUGAGAAAAUGCAAAAUACAAGAAGAAA